CCGCACCCUCGGCCUGUCCGGCCCGUCCGGCUGCCCCGCCCCGGCCCACCCCGUCAGCCCGGCGGCGCGCGCAUGGAGGCCGGCUGAGGAGCGCCGCCGCCUCGCUCGGUACGCCGUGGCCUGGCCGGGCGGGCGGGGACUGGUCGCGCCUGGAAGGCGCGUGCGGGAGGGCGCGAGCUGCAGGUGGGGACUACGGAGACCGACCAGGGGCACGCGUCCCACCGGGUCAGGCUGACGCAAGACGGUGUAGAUUUUCUUGGGAUCGCGAGUCCCAGAAACAACCCGGACGCUCAGAAGCGCACUGCUGGCUUUGGGACGUCAAGAGCUUCUUUAGAAGUGAGCUCGUCUCCAAGCUUCCGUGCUCCUCCAGCGAAGGGGCUGCAGGUUCGCUAGUCUGACGAGACUCUGCGGUCCCCGGGCCUCCCUCUCUUGCCUCUCUAAGAAGGCUCGUCUUGCGGUGGCCGUGGUACUGUGGGCAGGAUGCCAGGCUCUGGCAGAGUGGACGGCUCCAGGAGCCUGCAGGCCCCUACAGGGCAUCUGUCUCCAGGCAUCCUGCAUCAAUCAGGAAACUGCUGUCCUGCCAUGGAGGGAGAGGAGAAGCCAGCUCAAGAGGCUGAUAUGGAACCCGUGGUAACAUCAGGGGCCUCGGAAUCAGUGCCAAGGGUGCUUUCUGGAGACCCUCAAAACAUCUCUGAUGUGGAUGCCUUCAACUUGCUCCUGGAGAUGAAACUGAAGCGGCGGCGUGCGCGGCCCAACCUUCCACGUACUGUGACCCAGCUGGUGGCCGAGGAUGGGAGCAGGGUAUAUGUGGUGGGCACUGCUCACUUCAGUGAUGACAGCAAGCGGGAUGUAGUGAAGACUAUCCGGGAGGUGCAGCCUGACGUGGUAGUUGUGGAGCUCUGUCAGUACCGUGUGUCCAUGCUGAAGAUGGACGAGAAAACGCUGCUGCGAGAGGCCAAGGAGGUCAGCCUGGAAAAGCUGCAGCAGGCUGUCAGGCAGAAUGGGCUCAUGUCUGGACUCAUGCAGAUGCUGCUGCUGAAGGUGUCAGCCCACAUCACUGAGCAGUUAGGCAUGGCUCCUGGUGGCGAGUUCAGGGAAGCCUUCAAGGAGGCCAGCAAGGUACCGUUCUGCAAAUUCCACUUGGGUGACCGGCCCAUCCCUGUCACCUUUAAGAGGGCCAUUGCUGCACUCUCCUUCUGGCAGAAGGUCAAGCUGGCCUGGGGCCUGUGCUUCCUGUCAGACCCCAUCAGCAAAGACGAUGUAGAGCGCUGCAAGCAGAAGGACCUGUUGGAGCAGAUGAUGGCAGAGAUGAUCGGGGAGUUUCCUGACUUGCACCGAACCAUUGUCUCAGAGCGUGAUAUCUAUUUGACGUAUAUGCUGCGGCAGGCUGCACGGCGCCUUGAGCUUCCCCGCGCCUCUGAUGCUGAGCCCAGGAAGUGUGUCCCAUCUGUGGUUGUGGGUGUCGUUGGCAUGGGUCAUGUGCCUGGCAUUGAGAAGAACUGGAGUACCGACCUCAACAUCCAGGAGAUCAUGACAGUUCCCCCUCCGUCCAUCUCUGGCAGAGUGUCCCGGGUGGCUGUGAAGGCUGCCUUCUUUGGCCUGCUGGGCUACAGUCUUUACUGGAUGGGCCGUCGAACCAUGAACCUGGUCCUAUCACUGCCUGCUGCGCAGUUCUGCCUCCAGAGGGUGAGCGAGGCCCGGCCAGGCCGGUAGGAGGACCAUACAAAGAAGAGACCACACCCCGGGGCUCUACUCCUCUGCAUCACAUCUGGUGCUCCCAAGGAGCUGGCACCACCUGUCCGGGGAUGUCCCUGGGUGCAGAUGCAUCCAAGCCACCCCCUAUGGGGGCUUAGGCCAGGCUUACCCUACCUUCCCCAUGCCUAGCCCUCCCAAAUAAAGAAUAUUUAAUUGUCUGAGCUCAGGCUUCCCAGCAGCCCCACACACACUUUGUAGGGGCCACCCAUGGGUGUCAGGGCCGUCCACAGUGUCAGGACCCGGUGGCCUAACUCCAAAAGGGCCAGAUGCUGAGGGGAGGCACUGAGGUGCCCCACACCUAACCCCAGGGUGGGCCUGGCAAGCUGUUGCUCUACCUACCUCACUGUGCCUUGUGCUCUGGCCGGCAGGAGCAUCUGGCCCCGAGUGCAUCUCACUGUGGGUUUGGGGCCGGCCAAUUUGGGGAGCUGGGUGUCCAUGCAGCUCCUUCCUGUGGGUGUGUCAGGCCUUUGGCUGGCCUGGACAUGCAUGCGGCAUUGCCAGCUGCAUCUCUGCCUGCAGAGAGUCUGUGGUUUGGUUUUUGUUUUUUAAUAUCAAAAAAGUUUUUACUCAGGUAAUUUUGACGUCAAAGAAAAAACAAACUGAAGCAAAUAUCAGGAAAUCAAGCCUUAAAUCCAGCGAGGACAAAGAAGUCUUUUUAUUUGUAUUUGUGUGCCCCAAGUGGGCAGUGUAUGUCAGAGAGUCAGCUUGGGUGUCCAGGUCAGCCUUUGCUAGACUCCAGUACAGCUCAGUGUGGCAUGGGGCUGCCUCAGGUAUCAGCCUACUUCUCUGGCUGCCCUUGGUGCUAGGAGGGGCUUGGCCUGAUUCCUGUGCACAGGUGGGAUGCCCAGACUGCACUGUGGACAGUAGUGGACCCACUCUGGGCCACAAACCGAGGACCAUGGUUGGCUUGUGCACACCCAGCCAUUCAUGUAUACAGGUGUGGCUCCUGGCAUACUGCACAGCCUAGCAAGACCAAGACCACUCUGAUUUUCCUUGUGCUGACUGCCAAAUAAUAUGAAACACUGAGCUGGGCAGGGGAUACAGGGCUGGUUGGGCUGUAUACUUCUGUCUCACACUUGUGGAUUCAUUCCCUAGAAAGAGAAAUAAAUUUUAA